CACGACUAGUGUAUCUCUCCUCUGAACUAGUGUUGGUGUUUGUUGACACACCUCUGUCUCUCACUCCAGCUGGACAAGAGACCGAGCCUAGCGCACUUUUUUGGGACGGACAAUAACUUUGUCAACUAAAUGAUAAACCUGCAUUUUUGACGCAGGAGUCCCAUCUGAAGUGUGCUGAGGAACAGAAGCCUCAAUGUCCGUCUCGGCCGUCUCGUUGUCCCGUCUGCUCCGAUGCAGCCUGCCCGCGGUGGGCCGGAGUGUGAAUGCAAACACUCAUCCAGCCAGGUGCGUGUGCGCACGGGAGACGACCAUUCCUGGAGUCCGAUGGAACAGCACACGUUUGGACGUGGACGGAAGUGGACGUCCAGCCACGUGGGAUUCCUUUGGGAUUUGGGAUAACCGGAUAGAGGAACCCAUCCUGUUGCCGCCCAGCAUCCGCUAUGGAACCCCCAUCCCACACAUCAGUCUGUCCAAGGUGGGCUGCGCCUCCCACAUCGGCCGUCGGCGUGACAACGAGGACCGUUACCAAGUGAGCAAGCUCACAUAUAACGUACUGUACUUCGCUCUGUUUGACGGGCACGGAGGACCACAGGCCGCCGAUUUCUGUCACAAGCACAUGGAGCAGCACAUCAGGGAUUGUUUGGAGGUGGAAACAGAUUUACAGGCAGUUUUGUCUAAAGCGUUCCUCCAGGUGGACGCGGCUUUGGCUGCAGAGCUGCAGAUAUACGGCAAUGCCUCCCUCAUGAUGGUUGGCACGACGGCGACGGUGGCGCUGUUAAGAGACGGGAUCGAGCUGGUCGUCGGCAGCGUUGGCGACAGUCGAGCUCUGCUGUGCAGGAAGGGCAAAGCACGCAAACUCACUGACGACCACACGCCCGAGAGGAAAGAUGAGAAACAUAGAAUCCGUCAGAGUGGAGGGUUCGUGGCCUGGAAUAGCGUCGGUCAGGCUAACGUUAACGGACGGUUGGCGAUGACCCGUAGCAUCGGAGACUUUGACUUGAAGAAGAACGGAGUGAUUGCAGAACCAGAGACCACUCGAACACUAUUACAGCAUGCGCACGACUCUUUCCUGGUUCUCACCACCGACGGCAUCAACUUCAUCAUGACCAACCAGGAGAUCUGUGACAUCAUCAACCAGUGCCACGACCCCACAGAGGCGGCAAAUGUCAUUGCUGAGCAGGCACUGCAGUACGGCUCGGAGGACAACAGCACGCUCAUUGUCGUCCCGUUCGGAGCCUGGGGAAAGCAUCAGAACGCCGAAUACACAUACGACAUGAGCCGAAACUUUGCCUCCAUCGGCCGCUGGUCUUAACGGCGGUCAAAAGAUCAUCCCAACAUGAGGAGAAAUGAUCCUAAUCAACAACUACAUCACCAGCAGCCUGUUUCCUGAGAGUAAACAAAAGUCCAAACGUAUGAACUUCAGUCGGAAGUGAAUUAAAGUGAAUGAAACGGGGAGCUGCUCUGAUGGCAGCAACUUUAUAUUCAAAAAAUAUGGAAGCUUGUUUCUGCCAUGAAAUAAAAAAAUACAAAAGAUAAUUGCAAUGUUUUAUCUCACAAUUCCGACCAUUUUUGAGUUUAUGGCCUGGUUUCACAGACAGGGCUUAGCCAGGAUU